UGCAAGGGAUGCUGGGAACUGUUGUUGCUAGUUGGGCAGCUGUGACCGGUAAAACCCCGAGACUGCAGAGGAAGGGGGAAACGGGUUACAAGGGACAACUAACAGUUGGCCAUAAGAGACACCAGCUCCUCUCUAGCGCCCCCUGGAGGCAGAACCUAACAGGAACCCAAGAGUUGAGCAGAACGGGAGCCCUCCCUGUGGACAUUGAGACCCUAGAGGAGAUGCAGACUCGGAGCCUGGGCAGGCCUGUCAAACCCUCGACGCAGUACCUGCGGCAGGUCAUUGCGGAAUACGAGGCUCUGGACCGAGAGCUACCAUGCAUCCGGAAGUUCCCCACACCACCCAGUGCCCAGCCUCUCUGUCUGUGCAUGGAGACCUUAGUUCUGCAGCCAGAGGAGGACCUUACCCAUCUGCAGGUGCUGGAGGCUCUGGAGGCCAGACUGCCCGGAGCCAUGGAGAGCGGGCGCGUGACCAGUAUCCGUUUUGAAAAUAUGAACGUCAUCUGUGGGACUGCGGGGCGCCAAGACAGGUGGCUCAUCACGGUCACGGACUUCCAGACUCGCUCGCGUCUGCUGAGCUGCGGCCUCCGCGUCCGCGGGCUCGAGCACCCGCUAGUGCGCCACGACGAGCUGCUGCGGGCCGACUACCGCCUGCACCUGCGCCGCUCGGGUGUCCGGCGGCGCAUGCUCGAGGCCCUGGGGGCGGAGCCGAGCGAAGAAGAUUGACGCGCGGGGGGCGGGCCCCGGCUGCGCUUGCGCCCCGCCCAGCUGGCUCGGGCAGCUCUCUCCGAGCCCCCUAGGGAAGGGGGCGUCGCCUCCCCAGGAAGGAGGCGGGGCCGGCUCGAGGGGGUGGAUACUGUGAGUUUAAUUAUAAAGAAUGACCUGGUACAAAAGCCA